CAAGAGGCUGGCAGGGGCUGGGCUCUGGGGACCAGGGUCUAGUAGGGACACGCAUUGAGUCUACAGAGCUGGGAACAAUGUGAUUGGUGCUGUUUGUGUGUGUGUACGAGAAAGAGAGAGAGAGAGAGAGAAUCACUUUCAAUGGGGUCUUGUCACACUGCAAGCCUCUUUCCCCAGGCCCCGAGCUGCUCAGCUUGUUUUCAGGCCAACUUGGGGAUCAAACCCACACUGGCCCUGUGACUUUCAACACUGCAGAGAGGUGUACCACCAAGGUUGGUCUGCUUUUGUUCCCUUUACACCGUGACCUGCCCAAGGCCAGCAGUAGCGUCCUGGGAGAUGGAGUGAUGGACAUCGCUAUUAAUUGAGCGUCUCCGUGGACUCACACAAAACCCUACGAGGCAAAGAUUCCUGUGUCCACUUUACAGGGGCGGAAAUUGAGGAUUGCAGAAGACUAUAGGGCCUGAUGUCUGCCAGGCUAUAAAAUGGGGGGUCGGCCCCCAGGCGCCCACAGCACCCGCCCGCUGCCUUCCUGUCUGUCCUCCCGCAGGAAGUGGCAAGACCCAGGCGGGAACCAUGUCUCAGGCUGUGAAGGCCUCGUCCACGACGGCUGUGAACCCAGGGCCGGACGGCAAAGGCAAGGGCACCCCACCCACAGGACCAACCCCGGGCCCUGGCUCCGCCCUGGCCCCAGCAUCCGUGCCCUUGCCUGGUGCCAAAGUGGGGGACCUGCCUCCUGGGAGCUACAGGCUGGUGGUCUUCGAACAGGAAAACUUCCAAGGCCGUCGGGUGGAAUUCUCGGGGGAGUGCUUGAACCUGGGGGACCGUGGCUUUGACCGUGUGCGCAGCCUCAUUGUCACCUCGGGACCCUGGGUUGCCUUUGAGCAGUCCAACUUCCGCGGGGAGAUGUUUGUCCUGGAGAAGGGCGAAUACCCUCGCUGGGACACGUGGUCAAGCAGCUACCGCAGUGACCGGCUCAUGUCCAUCCGUCCCGUCAGGAUGGACUCCCAAGAGCACAAGAUCUGCCUGUUCGAAGGUGCCAACUUCAAGGGCAACACCAUGGAGAUCCAGGAGGACGAUGUGCCCAGUCUCUGGGUCUACGGCUUCUGUGACCGCGUGGGCAGCGUGAGGGUGUCCAGUGGAACCUGGGUCGGCUAUCAGUACCCCGGCUACCGUGGGUACCAGUACCUCCUGGAGCCUGGCGACUUCCGGCACUGGAAUGAGUGGGGGGCCUUCCAGCCACAGAUGCAGGCCGUGCGCCGCCUGCGUGACAGGCAGUGGCACCGCGAAGGCUGCUUCCCUGUCCUGGCUGCAGAGCCGCCCAAGUGAGUCCACAUUCGCUUCCGCUCCCUUGCCCUGCCCCUUCCCUGGGCUCGGUUUCUCCAUCUCUCCCAAGCAAAUAAAAGUUCCUAA